UAAAUCAAGCAAGACUUUCCAGUAUCUAUGAAAAAUUACAAACUAACAAUGCAUUUCAGAAAUGGUAUCAUGAUCUAGUUCGAAGUAAAAAAGAUUCAAGAGAAUAUUCUGAAAAAGAUUACAAUAAAUGUAAAAAACAUCAUCGCAAACCUGUUGAUAGAAAUGAUUCAAGAUGCAAAAUUAAAGGAGCUGUUUUAGAAAUAGUAGAUAAUAAUAAUUCAGAAAACAAGAUUCUUGUAACUUUAUACCAGAUUAAAUAUUUAGAACUUUUAAAUCUUCUUGAUCCAAAAGAAUAUAGUGUUCAAAUAAAAGGUGGAAAUGAAGAAUUAAAACCUACAUCAGAACAGAAAUUUAAUAAUACAAAAUUAUUUAGUUCAUUUGUUAAUCGAUUAGAUUAUAUUGUAGAAUUUAAGAAAUUUAGAAACGAUAAUGAAAAACCAUAUAAAGAAGAAUAUUCUUGUUGUAAAAUUCGAAUGAUUUUUCAUCGUAGAUUACCUGAAGAUUUUUUUAAUUUCAAGUUUGAAAUUGAAUUUAAUCACGAUAUUACAAAAGAAAAAGCAAGAAAAAUAUUAGAAAAAAAGUAUGGUAGAUUUGAAGAAUUAGAUA